AUGAAUAAAGCUCUACAAGCACCACUAGAAGAGCACCAGAAGUCCCCUAGAAGACUUCACUUGACAUGCCAGCGAUGCAGGACCCAACUUCGCCAGCUACGGCCGGUGUUCGGAGCCUGCCGGGAGGCCCGUGUCCCCGUCCACUGCCUCAGGUGGACCCACAAUGCCAUCAACAGUCGGAUGAUCUUCAGCGGCGGGCGCGGCGAGGACACCUCAGUCUACAGCAUGGUCCACGAUCUUUUUACGGGCCGGCUUGAGCCGGAUGACCUACCGCCUUUGCAGGUGGUAAUGGACGGGGACCUCGAGCUGUUCUCGCUGAACAACCGGCGUCUGGCUGCGCUGAAGAUGUACCAAGCUCUGUGCGGGCACGAAGUACUCAAGGUCCUCUGCAAGAUCUUCCACAAGGACGACGCGGAGAUCAGUGCGAAGUACCGCGCGGCGAAGAGCACCACGAAAGAGCUGUGCUAUGGCUGUGGCAUUAUGCCCCACGGCGACCGUCCAGAGGCAUGGCACCUGGGCGAGCCACUUUUCCGCCGCGAGCAGGAAUGGUGUGUCCCUUUCGGCCAACCAGGGCCAGGCCCUUGUGAUGGACAAGCAGCAGCUCUUGACGAGGAUGUCAAGGAGAAGGACGAAGCACGGCUCCUCCAAGAAGAGGAAGCGGAGGUGACCAAGAAGGUGCCGGGGGCGAUGCUUGCAUCCAGUCGAAAGGCCAAGAAGAAGCCCAGCGCACUCCCAGGGAAACUGCCGAAGCCAUCAACCCUGGAGAUUCCUGCGACAGCCGUCGACGCGGAGGCGCCUCGUGCUCCUCUUCUCGUUGGAGCUGGGGCUGACCGCCUCGACUUACUGAGCGGCACAGCCGUGCGCCGGCUGGAGACCGCUAGCGAUGGCUUGGUGAAAGUGGAACUGCCCAGCGGCGACCACGCAUGGGUGAGCCCUGACCACCUUGAGCUGGAGGACGGCAUUGAGGUUUAUGCAGGUUUGGGGGGAACUUUUCUGAUCGAUCAGGUGUCUAUGCUGCCAAAUGUGCCGGACUCGAGUGCAGCAGAGCUGGACAAGGCAGGGUCCUUUCCUGCCACCCCGAAAGGAUCAAACGUUUGGUUCGCUGGGCCCGAGGGCCCCCGGCGUGCGCUGACUGAGUCGCAGCUGGUUCCAAGCGUGGCCUCGGACUUCCCGGGCUCCGCCGCUGGGCAACUCUCGCACCUACAGCCCGUCGAGGAGUUGCAAGAAAGACCCGAGACGGAGAACGAGUUGCCCCGCGAUGCUCACGCAGCCGGUCCUCGAGGUUCCGCCACGGAGCCGCCGGCUGUGGCCUCCGAGGAGCCUACUCCUGAGCAGAGAGCCUUUCGGGCGGAGGACGACGCCUCGUUCCCACCCCUGUCGCGCCGGACAUCCGAAAAGCCUGCAGGAUGGUCCGCGUGGGCCAGGCACUUGCGGCCGCGCGAAGGACCCGGCGGGAGCCCCUCGGGGACCGUUUCAGUGCCCUCGUCGGGUACAGGCCCGGUGCCCUCGGUGCCCUCGAGACCUCCACCGCAAGAGCCACCUGCUCUUCAAGCCACUGAGGCCGGAUUAUCGGCACUGCCGCCCUCUUCACAGCCGUUAGCACGGCCACCGUCGCAGCCUCCGGCGAUGCCACCGUCGUUGCCACAACCUCCGCCAUCGUCUCUGCAGUCGGUGCCGCAGGAGACGGCGCGGAGCAGCCCGACGAGCCCGGCGAGUAAAACGGGAAGUGGAGCCGGGCAAGGAACGGCGCAGGAAUUGGAGCCGAGCGAGGCUCCCGUCGAUAUGUUUUUGGAAGAUGAGGGAAGCGAUUCCUUCCGCAGCGUCUCGGAGGAUGGCGACAUGGGCUCUGAAGACGAAGCUUGGGAGGACGUCGAGCCGCCCUCCGUGGAGGCUGCGAAGCUGGAGAAGCUCCUGGCGGAACUACGGAAUCAACCCGACGUGGUGACAGUAGGGGACUUAAAGAGCCGCCUGGUUUCUGGCACCUUCCGUGUUCUUUCCGGCUCAGACUUUCGCAACCGAAGGUCCCGGGCGCAGAUGGUUGUGGACCAGGGUCCUACGGCUAUGGUGGGCCGGCGUGUGCAUGUGAUCGGGUCCAUGAACCGCAACCGUGCCUGGGACCAUGACCGCUGCUGGGUCCGGAUCCUUGCUGCCAGGGUUGAACUCGACGAGGCCGCCAAGUCGCGGCGCCAGCGCCGUUCGGAGGACCUCCUGCGUCCCUGGGACGUGGCCACGGCGGAUGCCACCGUCCUCUUCGGGCAGGUGCUGCACUCGGUGCAGCAAUUGAGCCCGCGACAAAGCAGGGUGGUCUGUGUCCGCAGCCGGCUGGUGCGCAGCUUGAAGAGCAUGUGCUUCCGCCCCAUCAACGGAAAGUUUCCCCUGAUUACGGUGCCUUGGAACCCACAGAAUCCGCCUCCAUCGCUUCACGACCUCCAUAUCGUUGACCUCCAAAGCUGGACGGGUCACCUUCCGCUCGGCUGCCACGAGGAAGUGCUUCACAUGGAAAGUCGCGAUACCGACGACGCGGUGCUGUAUGCCAUCAAGCGAUCGCUGAACUUCUGUGACUGGGAGGAUCAUUCAGUCCUCAGCUCCAUCCCCAUCGGCGAUGUGCAGCACCAGGAGCUAGUGCAGCGCAGCCGCCGCCGUCAGGAUUUGCGAGAGCAUCUGGCGGUGUGUAUCGAGCAUCCCGGGUGGCCGGGGAACUUCGCCUUGUCCCUGACAGAGCAGGCCCUGCAGGUUCACGUCCUGGAUGUGACCGCCUACAUGGCCAACGACAUGUCCGGCAAGGACCUGGAGCUCCAGGCGCGCCGGAGGGCCUGCAGCGCGUGGCUGGCGGAUCACCUGGACCAGCCCUCCACUGCAAGCCUCCCUUUGCUGCAGCCGGAGUUCCUUGAAAAGGUGGGCUUUGCAGAUGCCUCCGAGCGUUUGGCCCUGACCUUCACCAUUCCUCGGGACCCGAGGGCGCCGCCUCUCUCCAUCGACCACGCAGAGUCCAUAGUAAGGUGCCAUCGGCGGCUCAGCUACGCAGAGGCCGAGGAAUGCCUCGCCGGCAGAGCGUAUGAAGAUGUGGCUUCCUUGCUCGGUGACUUGUCACUCUUUGCUCUGCAGCUGGAGGCCGCAGCGUUUCAGAGUGGCGAGUCCUUCCCGUUGGAACACUGGGAUCCGCAGGUGGGGCUAAGAGAUCCGGCGGUGGCGGCGACGCUGCGGGCACGGCGGAUUGUGGGCUGCUGCGCUUUUCUGGUGAACCGGUACGCCGGCCACAUCUUGGCCGAUGCGGCGCUUUGGCAGAGCUUCCUCCAAGAGGACGUCGAGAGGUCAUCCAUGCCCUGUUGGAUCUAUACGAAGCCAGACGCUCAGCACCACCGGUCCCUGCAUCGGCUGCUGCGGAAUCACUCCGGCGUCGUUUCCGCCGGGAUCAGCACCCACGAGGUCUUGGAAUCCCUGACCUCGGCCCUGGACAAGGACCACCUCAGCGGCAUUCAGCAGUAUGCUCUUCAGAAGGCCUUCUUGCGUCAGGUGCGGAUGGCCUUGCCGGGGGGUUUCUAUCGCUGCCAGGACGCAGCUGAAGAGGCCCGGCGGCCGCGAUCGCUGUUCCAGCGCCCGCGGCUCUUCCACGUCUCGGCGCCCUUAGAUCGCUACAUCGAUCUCCUGGGACAGCGGCUGCUGAAGCGGCUCCUGGGGUGGCAGCCCGGGCUGGGACAGACUUGGCUCCGGCCGACGGCGCAGGAAGUGCGGGAGACCGUAGAUCGCACCAACGCACGCUUGGACGGCCCGGGGCAAGUCCCCACCAGUGCUCUCCGGAGCUUGACCUGUUCCCUCGAGUUUGACGUGGAGAUGCAGUGCCUCAGAGUCGUGAACACUGACCCUUGGCGAAAGACUGGCACUCGGGCGCGGUGGAGCGUCGAUCCCUGGGGUGGCACUAAGGUUGCCGUCACUGUCUCCCGAAACUUCGCGCAGCCCAUCGAUCACCAUGCUGCUGCGAAUGCCAUGAUCGUCUCGAGCAUCGAGUUCGACACCUGCUCCGGUGCCGCCGCAGCUGCGGCCUACUCGCCGCCGCUUCAGCCGUCCAGGUCUCGGCUAGAAAAGGGAACCUUCCAGUGCAAUGUGCUGCUGGGUGACGAGGAGACCCGCUUUGAGCGAGGCGACCUCGCGAUUCUUCGCUGCGUGGAGGGUGAUCGCGAGGUCCUCCUGUACGGCUUAGUGGAGCGCUUCGAGCCUGCGAAGACGCAGUACAAGGUGAAGCGCUGCAACCGGCCAAACUGCAGCCGAGAGAACUGCGACUACCUGCAUCCCGGCGAGGAGGUGCAGGAGGCGCUCUUCACCCUCAGUGUCUUGCUCUCGGAAAUCAGCUGCCUGGCCCAGCGCCAUCAGUCCGACGCCUUGAGCAGAGCACCGGUGGGGGCCUUCCGUCUGCAGCUGAUCGGCAUUCCGGUCGUCGACCGCCAGAACCUGGUCCAGCAGGAGGAGAAAGAGAAGCGGCCCCUUGCAAGCGUCGCGCAAGUGGAUCGGGCCAUCAAGCAUGGGGAAUACAAGGUCACCGGUACAAGCAUCAACGAAUUGCAGCUUGCCGGGCUCCAGUGCGGACUUCAGCACAGCUUCUCGGUGGUCCAGGGGCCACCAGGUACGGGUAAAACCACCUUCCUGGUGCACCUGGUCACCGCGCUCGCCAACCUCGAGAAUGCGCCGACAAAACUGGCCGCAGAGGAGCGCACUGGGAGGAUACUGGUGACGACGCCGUCAAAUCAGGCAGCCGACGAAUGUCUGCGCAAACUCGUCCAGGGCACGACGAUCCCUGAGCAGUACAUCACCAGGGUGUACGCCCGGACGAUCGAGUACAAGUAUGGCAGCAAGCUGCGGGGGGAUCCCUUGGAUUCCAACGUCUCCCGAACGGAGCACAAGGUUGCCGAUGAUCUGCAACGGCACUCCUUGCACUUCAAAGUCAUACACAACAAGGACGUGCAGAGCCUUGAGAGCAGGAGUAUUGUGCGGCAGUUCGAGUACGAUCAGGCUUACGAGGCAGCGGAACAAGCCAUUCUGGCAAAGACCAAAAUCGUGUUCCUUAGCUGCAGUGAGGCAUACCUCGUCAUGCUGGAGAGGCCCAUCCUCGAGAGGCUCGCGAACCGGAAGCCUGCUAGCAAAGAAGGGCCGGGGCGGAGCCUCGUCUCGACGAUGCUCGAGAAGCAGUACCGCAUGCAUGACACCAUCUGCUCAUUUCCUUCCAGGCACUUCUACGACAACCGCCUCCAAAACGCCCAGGGCCUGCCGCUGAAACCGCCGGUGCCGAGCGUGUGGCCGAGCAACACCGAUCGAGUCGUCUGGUUUGAUUGCUCCCAUCCGCACAGCAUGGGCAGCGUGAUCACUGUGGGAAGCUCCCGUUCUCUGAACAUGACCGUUCUGGAGAACAACACUUCCUUGCAGAACGAGGGCGAGGCGGACAUUAUCAUCAAGGUGUACAAGAAGCUGAUGGAGAGUGGCCACUGCCGGGCUGAGGAUGUGGCGAUCAUUACUCCGUACAAGGCCCAAGAGCAGCACAUCCAGCGGAAGUUGAAGGAGCUUCCGGGGAAGCUUGGGAAAUCUGCGGGGAUGACGGCCGUCGGGACGGUUUUCAGCAUGCAAGGCUCGGAGCGUCACUACAUCCUCCUCAGCUUCGUGCGGAGCACUGCCGAAGGUUGGGCUUUGAACCACCUCUCCAUGCAAGGCUCGGCCAACGAGCUGCGCGUGGCGGUGUCGCAGCAGAGCCCCGGUUUGCGGCAAACCUUCGAGAGCCACAUCGGAAUCGCGGGGAAGGCUACUCUGCUCAACGUCGCACUGACCCGAGCGAAAAGUGGACUUGUCAUCGUGGCGAAUCGGACCAUCUUGAGUGAGGGCUCCGAGGAUUUUUACCAACUAGCUGCUGAUUUAGAUGAGCGGGGAUGCUUCGUUCCCGAGGGCUGCUUCUGA